GAAGGUCUGAGAGCAAAAUCAGGAAUCUUUAGCAAACAACUCUGCAUUUACAUAACAAACUGUUGCUCUCACUACGAAAAACCCAUAGGCAGGAACCAUGCCAUGUUUACUUCCUUGUCUUUCUCAAAAGGAUUUUCCUAGCUUUAGCCAUGAAGAUAAUUUGGAGUGACCUCAUCCAGAGAAUAAUUUUCAUUUCACUUAUUGGACUUGGAGCUUUAGGAAACAUCAUCUUAUUUGUGAGACAUAUGUAUACUUUCAUCAUGGGUCCUGAGAACAAAAAUAUAGAUGUUAUUCUCAUCCACUUGGCUUUCGUAAACACAAUCAUUAUUUAUUGCAUAGGGGUCAGAAAUAUAGUCACAAUUUUUUAUAUCAGAAACUUCCUAGGUGAUGUUGGUUGUAAAACUAUAGUUUAUCUGGAAAGGGUUGCUCGUGGCCUCUCCAUCUGCUCCACCUGUCUUCUCAGCGUGGUCCAGGCUGGCACCAUCAGUCCCAGAACCACCCUUUGGAGAAAGCUCAAACCACAGGCAGCACAGCAAGUUCUUGCCUUUCUCCUCCUCUUUUGGAUCCUUAAUUCCCUGAUAAGCUCCAACUUGCUGCACUAUAUCACAGCAGGCAGUAGCAUGAACAGGUCUGAAGUUGGGAUGUUUACUGGGUAUUGCUAUAUGCUGCCAUCCAGGCACACAGUUAAGUGGCUGUUUCUCAUUUUCAUGGCUCUUCAUGAUGUAGUUUUCCAGGGUUUGAUGGGUUGGAGCAGUGGGUCUAUGGCUCUCCAUCUGUACAAACAUUACAAGCAUGUCCUCUACCUUCACAGCUCUAGGUCUGCAAAAAGUUCUAGGCCAGAAAUCCGAGCUACCCAGAGGGUUCUAACUCUUAUGACCUGUUUCCUUAUCUUUUAUUUAGCAGAUUUCAUUUUCUCCUUGUACACAGGUUCCACGGUAACAAAUGAUUUCACAAUACCAAAUAUGAAAGCACUGUUAGUACUUAGCUAUGCUGGUCUCAGCCCCUUUGUCCUGAUUAUCUGGGAUGUCCAUAUUCCUAAGACCUGCUGUGUCCCCUGA